AUGGCGGAGGAGUGGGCGUACGAGGAAGCCUCGGACGAGGAAAAGCUGCAGAUUGCGCAGCGUUUCUUGCUGGCUAGUCCACCUGGACAGGUCCACGAGGUUCUGCGUGACGUGGCCAAGCUCGUCCCGGCGCAUAUCUUGAUCUGUGAAGAGGGAGAAGUGGACGCUGCGCACUACGUGGACCCCAUCGGCAACCGCGUGCUUGGAUUUGACCGAUUCCAACAGCAAAUUGUACCGGACGAUGUCGCUGAGAUUCCAGAGGACAAAGUCACGGACUUUGAGAAGGAUCGUGGAAGUGCCGGUGUGUACAUUGUGGGUACCAAAUUGGUGGUGAAUUUGUGCACGGAGCGUAUCAAUUUGCGCAACUAUUGGGGAGGACGCUGGAAAUCGCGAUGGGAAGUGGAUCUGACAGCCAAUCCGGCCAAGAUUAAGGGCAACAUACAGCUGCAUGUUCACUACUUUGAGAACGGCAACUUGCAACUGCAAAAUUCCAAGGAUAUCGACGAGGAGAUCACGGUGCAACGUCCUGGCGGUCUGGGUGACGCCAUUCUGCGCGUUAUGAAGGAGGCAGAGGACGAUCUGCAGAGCAACCUCGAAGACAUGUACAUCAACAUGUCCGAGGAAACCUUCAAGGAGAUGCGUCGCGUCAUGCCAGUGACCCAAACGAAGAUGGAGUGGAGUUUGCAUGCCCACCGCACGGCCAAGGACCUUGGACGCAAAUAACACGAGAGAAACAACUUCUAGAAAAGUUGCAUUUCGCAGUCAACACAAGUGAAAAUCAAAAAGAAAAGUUGCGUAUCA